AUGCGACCGGAAGUGGGUCGCGUUUCCAAGAUGGCGACUCCCUAUGUUACUGAUGAAACCGGAAAAUACAUCGCAUCCACACAGCGUCCAGAUGGUACCUGGAGAAAACAAAGACGGGUGAAAGAAGGCUAUGUUCCCCAAGAAGAAGUGCCAGUGUAUGAGAAUAAAUAUGUGAAGUUCUUUAAAAGCAAGCCAGAGUUACCUCCAGGCUUGAAUCCAGAAGUUCACACGCCUGUGGCCCGUCAAACGUCAAAGGGACCCGAGGGUGGAGAGACAGGGCUCUCCAAGACCGCUAAGAGGAAUCUCAAACGGAAGGAGAAGAGAAAACAGCAGCAUGAAAAGGGGGAUCGAGAUGCCGAUGACCUGAUUCAGUCUCUAGAGAAAACAACCUUGUCGGCGACACCGAGCAGCUGUGGGGAUGGUAAGCUGGCUGUGUCUGAUGCCAACCCAAGAGCCCCUGCUGGCAGCAGGGAUGUCUCAUCGGCUUCCGCCACUGCCACCUUAGAGAAGAACAAGAAAAUUAAAAACCUGAAAAAGAAACUACGGCAGGUGGAAGAUCUGCAGGCGCGGAUUGACUCUGGGGAGAUCAAGCAGCCGACCAAAGAGCAGUUAGAGAAGCUGGCUCGACGGAAAGCUUUGGAAGAGGAACUUGAGGACCUGGAACUGGAUUUGUAAAGGGUUGAAAUAUCAACCGGACCUAGUGUGCGUAGGAACAAACCGUCCCCUGGGGAAACAUUCUCAGAACUGUGCAACAAAAAGACCAGAAGAUGGUGAUGUCUUCAGCCUUCUUUGUAUCAUUAUUUUAUUUUAUGUUGGUGCUGUCUGAAUUUUUAAAAGUAUUUCUCCCAGCUGUUGAUGUGUUAGCUAUCUAGGACUUCUUUAAGGACAACAACUUUGCCACCUAGUUCUUUCUAGUUUCUUCCUCCCCUUCCCACCUCCAUUCCUGUUCCAGGAGGGUGGCUGAAAUGUCAUUUCACACCGAGGGGCUGACUUUCAGAGGCACCUGAGCAGGAGGAACAGUCUGUCUUUUCCUCCUGCCACUGUAUUAUAUUCAGCAUUUUCAUGUUCUCUGUAACAAUCACACGGCCUUCCAUCUUCUCUUCCUCCUCAUUUUGAAAAAGGGGUGCAAUAAUAAAAAUUGCAGUAGUGACUUCUGACUCUAGGACAUCUGUGUUUUUCCCCCCAAUGCACAUUUUUUAAAAACAUCUUCUGUAUGAUAUUAGCAAUUUUAUAGGCUUCCCUUUCUUCGGCUGGUGAAUGCAGCCCAGUGUCAAAAGCGGUUUGUGAUAGAUGUGAAAAAAGGGCCAAAGGGACAGUAGCUCAGUGAUAGAACCUAUGUUUUAUACAGAGACAUUCUGAAGUCUGAUCCCAAUUACCUUCAGAUUGGAAAAAAAGUCCUGCUUGAAGCCUUGGGUGGCCACUGUCAAUCGGCCUUAACAAUGCUGAUCUCACAGGGCUCUGGUUUAGCUAAGGCAGCUUCCAGGCUGGGGUUGCAUAACAUGCCCCUUGAGGCUAAAAUGGAAUGAUUUGUAAUGCACUUGUUGCACGAGCCUAGACCUUGUCUUACGUUGUGUGAUCCAGACAAUCAAAUUUAAGUAACACAAUUUAUUUCCUUAGUUAUAUCUGGACAGCAAAUCUGCUUGACUGCCAGGUGGCAGAACAGAUUGGAUCUAAUUGUUGCCCUCUAAUCAUUGUCCAGAGUUUUUGCAUCCCAGAUAAAGUCUCCCUGGACAUAACAAUUGUGCUUGGUUAACUAAGAGCUGGAUGUUUUGUGUGAAUCUGGUCCCUGUGUUUCAUGUAAGGGAUUAUUAGAAAUAGAAUCAAUAAUAAAUGUGUGGAUAUGGUGUGAUCAUCCUCGGUGUAGUGGGCACAGUUCUUGUCCCUUUCAGAUAACAGGAAAUUUAAACUUGGGGAAAAGUGAACAGAAAGGCAGAAUAAACGUGUAUCUUCAAUUUGAAUAAAAGUCCAAGGGCUUCUUAGCCAAGAUAACUAAAUUCUCUCUCCCUUUCCUCUCCUUUCUCCCUCUCUUUUUCUCUCUCAUUUCUAUAUUAGAACAAUGGUCAUGAAUUUCCACAGCCUAAGACCAAUUUUGGGAAUGGAUUCACUUAAAACAUAGGACCAAAUUUUAAGGGAGGAAAUGACCAAUCCUGGGGUGACCAGAAGCUACACUUAACUUUUGGAGUAAUAGCAAUAAAGUCUACAAAGAAAAGAGCAGUUAUGUAAAAUAUGGGUAGCUGUGUUAUAGACAUGGCCAGGACAAAAAAAUUCUGUUUGUUAGUUUUUUGUGGGAUGUUCUUUGAUGCUGAAACUGUUACUUUAUUUAUUUAUGUAUUGAUUGAUGUCAUGCCUUUCACUCAGCAACUCAAUGUGACACACAAUACUCCCGCUUUCUAGUUUUCCUCACAAACACCACUGUGGCUUAAACUGCCAUUUUUAUAUAUUCUCCACCUCACCUGGCGGAAAGCUAAAAUUGAGUAAUUUAGUUGGAAGAAUUUUUUAAAAAAAUCUGUGGUUUCAUACACAGAGAGAGACAAAGGGUUCAGGCUGCAGAUGGCCCUACAGUAUAUGUUAUCUUCCUGGUUAAGGGGAAAGAAUCUGCAGUGUAAUCAUAUUAUAUCUAGAUAUGUUAAUAUGCUAAAAUAUUUUCAUCGAGGUCAGAGGCUCUUUCAUGUGUCCCAGUUGAGAUGUCUAUUCGGUUUAAGAAAACAAAAUUUAAUUUCACACUUCUAGUUUAAAUUGAGAGAGAUAUUUCUUUCUGUCCCUUAACACUGGCAUGAGCAAAGUGCAGUCUCUGACCCAGUCUCUGAGCAAAAAUUGAAGCUUUCAAGGUACUACUGGGUUACACUGAAAUUGCCAAAGGCGGAAGGUGGGAAAAAAGCAAGGGAGUUUUAAAAAAAAUUAGGCUAAAGUUUCAGCCAUGAAAUCGCUGCAGUUCAAAGUCAGUGUCAAGAAAUAGAGUGCACGCUGAAUGCCUUUUGUUAGUGGAAGGUAAGGUUGGUAUCAAAUUGCACCUCCUGUUCAGGAACAGUGAAAAAAAAAAACCAGCAGCAGCUGUUCCUACAGCUGUGUGAAAACUAAAGGACAGUAACAUUGGCCAAUGCUGGAUUAGGGGUUUCGUUACCUUUGUCCAGCAGGUGGUGCUAAAAGGUCUUAUUAACAGGGCAAUCUUGUAUGCUCAGCUACUUGUUUUGUUCUUGAAGCCACCACUCGAAGCACACAUGCUAAUAUGCCUUUAGAUCAGGGGCGUCCAAUCUUGGCAACUUUCAGACCUGUGGACUUCAACAUCUAGAGUUCCCCAGCCAGUCAUUCAGCAUAGCUGGCUGGGGAAUUCUGGGAGUUUGAAGUCCACGGGUCUGAAAGUUGCCAAGCUUAGAUACCCCUGCGUUAGAUGGACUAUCAGAAAUGCAACGUUCAGGGUAACACAUACGCACACUAUGCCAUAUAUCGAAUGACAAAUUUGCAGGUCCCUUUUUAGGCCAACAUGCCUGGCCAAGGCAUUCAUACAUAACUAACCUAGAUCUCAUCCCAGACUGGUUUUUACAUAUUCCUCUGUAGUCCUUAGAUGCAGAUCACUGAGCUCAUGGCUGAGAAUAAAAAGAAUAACCGCAUCAUUUGAAAAACUAGCUUUGCUUUCCAGAGAGCCACUCAUUGGACAGAUGAGGACUCAGGAUAGCGUUGCCUCUACUAGGGAGGAUCGGGGAACAGGACCCCUUCUAGCAAGCAUUGGUUCCAACUAUCAUUAGGCUUUCCAAUUGUAGCCAAUAGUCGCAAGAAGUCACCACUUCUUGUUGUGAAAGCGAAUUGGAGAAUACCACAUGGUUCCCAAAUACCCUUUAUCUGUUGUUUACCCAGCUGUCCUUUUGUUUUACACAGAAAGAUUAAAGGAUCACCUGGAGAAGCUUAGGGAGACAUCAAAAACACAGCUGCUGCUGUUGUUCCCCUCCCAUUGUUUCCCUCCCAACAAGGUUUGUACCUUUCUCUAAUUUGUACUAGGAGCAGAAGGUGGCUGAUAGGUUGGGUGAAAUGCAUGUUAAUGAAAGCUAUAGUCCUUAGACAAAACUUUCGGGAGUUAUUAUUCUUCCAACUCUAUGAUCUAUUUUCCUUGAUGUCUGAUGAACUCUAUUUUCCUUUAUUUUGAUUGUACUCCUUGUCGAGUAAUUUUAAACAUAGGGUGACUUUUUUGAAUGUUACCUUUGUGGUUUUUAAUCUUUCUUUCAAGGAGCUCACUCUCCUUUUGACUUAGAGUCCUUUGCGGCAAGUGGGUGGAUGGGUGAAAAUGCUGUAAUUCAAAAGCACAAAUUGACAGGUUUACGGAUUCUGGAUGAAAAAAUAAAGUCAAGUCUUGCAACCUGAA